UUGUAAGCGCAAUUUUUUGCGAAAGCCUAUAUAUAAUAAAAUUAUAUAAAUUUCAACGCAGCAACACACGAUUUUUCAAAAUUCCUUUUAUGUUAGUUUUGGUAAAUAAAAAGUACUUAGAUUUGUUAAAAAUGGCAACGCCAUGUUGACGUGCCAAACUCAAGAAACAAAAUGUCAUAAACCUGAGAAUAAGAGUGAAGUAGGCAAAAUUUUACAGGUUUUUUACAACCUAUCCAAUAUACAAAAUUUAAAAGUAUAAAACUAAAAAUUUGCAUGGAAAGUUAUUGUAAAAAGGAGAAGUUUAUAAAAAAAAAUAGAAAAUUCAAAUAUAUAGUCAAAUAAAUGCGUUGGAAAAAGAAUUUAUAAACUACAGAAAUAUUAACGGCUGUGCGUGAGGAAUUUGAGGCUGAAUUUUCUAACAAAAAAAUUGUAGAACGAGAGGCGCAAUAUUUGCCAAACCAAACGAAAAAACAGUCAUUUUAUGAGGCCCAUAGCUUCAAGAUAGGUUUCUCUCUUUUAAGACAGUGAACUGCAAUUUUCUUCUACAAUAUACGCCUAUAAAAUAUUUAUUUAGUAUAAUAAAAGUGUUUAGGGAUGGAUGUUGAUGGUCUCUCAAAUGAUCAAUAUGAGAAAGUGCUACAAUUUCAGGAUUUAACUGGUAUUGAAGAUUUAAAUGUUUGUCGCGAUGUUUUAAUACGAAAUGAUUGGAAUCUUGAAGUUGCAUUUCAGCAACAAUUAAAUAUUCGAGAGGGACGUCCAACAGUAUAUGCAUCAUCAAGUAAUGCACGUGCACCUGCCGUUAUAAAUGAUCAAUUUAUGCAACAAAUAUUUUCAACUAGUAGACGUCGAAAUGUUGGCCGAAAUUCAUCUGAUUCACCGUGGGCACCUCGUGGUUUCACUGGUUUUAUUGGAUAUGUUAUACAAUUGGUAUUUAAUUAUUGCUACUCUACUCUAACAUCAAUAUUAACUUCACUUUUAAAUUUUGGACGAAAUGAUGACCGGCUGGUAACGGAUCCGUUAGGCGAUGUUUUAAGAUUUAUAGAGGCAUACAACGAAAAAUAUCCACAACAUCCAGUCUUCUAUCAAGGAACGUAUGCUCAAGCAUUAAAUGACGCUAAGCAAGAACUUAGAUUCUUGCUUGUAUAUUUGCAUAAACAUUCUGAAACAAAUUCUGAAGUUGAAUCAUUUUGCAGUGAAACUCUAUCUGAUCAAAGAAUCAUUGAUUACGUUAAUCAAAAUACAUUAUUUUGGGCUUGCGAUGUAUCUUCCCCAGAAGGUUAUCGUGUUUCUCAUUCAAUAAACGCGCAUACCUAUCCAGUGAUGGUUAUGAUCGGUUUACGUUCAAGCCGUAUGAUAAUCAUGGGGCGUUUUGAAGGUGACUGCACGAGCGAGGAACUAUUGCGUCGUCUACAAACAGUGAUUGCUUCAAAUGAAUUGUUUUUAAUGCAAGAAAGAUCAGAUCGUUUAGAACGAAAUUUCAAUCAAACAUUGCGACAACAACAGGAUGAGGCAUAUCAACAGAGUUUAAGAGCUGAUGAAGAAAAGGAACGCUUAAAAGAAAUUGAACUUUUGGCUAUGCGAGAAAAGCAAGAGGCUGAGAAACGUUUACUCGAAGAAGCUGAGAAGCGAAAGGAGGAAAUCAUUAAAAUGAAAUUAAAAUUACUUGAAGAAGUUCCAACUGAGCCUCCACUUGAUUCGCCCAGCACUAUUUGUGUGGUUUUUAAGCUGCCUAAUGGCGAACGUCUCGAAAGAAGAUUUUGUAGAACAAAUUCUAUCAAUGAUGUCUACAAUUAUUUAUUUUGUCAUCCACUUUCGCCUGAUGAUUUCGAAAUAACAACGAAUUUUCCAAAGCGUGUUCUUUAUAAUAAAAGCAAUUGUGGAGAGUGUAAAACACUGGCAGAGGUUGGUCUUAAAAAUCGUGAGGUUCUCUUUGUACAUGACUUGGAUGCAUAAUAUUUAAAGCAAUAUCAUUAUUUUGCGGAUCAACUCAUAUACGUAAAGAAGAGUUUUAUACAUAUUUUAUAAGUCCUAUUUUAAAUAAUUUUCAUCUCUUUGGUUACGCCUACAAUUUAUAUUGCAGUUCACUGAUAAAUUAUAUAAUUUUUGAUAAAUUCCUUCUAAAUGGAAAGAUAACAUUUAAGCAGCACGCAUUGCCUAAGACAACAGAGACAAGAAGCAGAUUUUAGUACUUAAGAGCAUUUAAUUGGCAAUGUUAAGUUUUUCUUUUAGUUGUAUUAUAUAUAUAUAAUAGAAAUAUAUAUAUAUACAUACAUAUAUAAUAUUUUUUUUAAAUACAUUUGCUAUUAGGAUUUUCUAAUAUGGUUACAAAGACAUUUCCUACUUUUUUGUUCUUAGUUGUGUGUGUUAUUUUGUAUGAAA